AUGGAAAUUCCUAGCAAUAAUAAUGCCAGCAGCUUCUACUUCAUACUGAUGGAUCUCCCAGGCCUGGAGAGUGCUCACUGCUGGACAGCUAUUCCUAUCUGCCUUAUCUAUGGUCUCUCCUUGCUGGGCAACAUCAUCAUAAUGUACAUUGUCAAGUCUGUGCCCAGCCUUCACACACCCAUGUACCUCUUCCUUUCCAUGCUUUCAGUGGCUGACUUGGGCCUCUCAGCUUCUACGCUGCCUUCAAUGGCAGCGGUGUUUCUCCUGGGCCAGAGGAAGGUGGGAGCUGCAACCUGCUUUGUGCAACUCUUCUUUAUUCACACUUUCUCAGUCAUUGAGUCAGCUGUGCUGCUGGCCAUGGCUUUUGACCGCUGUGUGGCUAUCCGACAGCCCUUACGCUAUGCCACCAUUCUCACAACCCAGCGCAUUGGGGCCAUUGGGCUGGCCAUUGUGACCCGCAGUGCUGCCCUUCACCUGCCCCUGCCUGUACUCCUUGGAAGACUUCAGUUCCAGCCUGUGAAUGCUCUGUCUCAUUCUUACUGUGUUCACCCUGAUGUUGUAAGGCUGGCCAGGUCCAGCACUCUUGUGAACAGUGGCUUUGGGCUCUUUGUCAUGCUUUCCACAUUGGGGACAGACGUUGUACUCAUUCUCCUCUCCUAUGUGCUGAUCUUGAAGACAGUAUUAAGCAUUGCUUCCAAUGCUGGGCGACUCAAAGCCUUCAACACCUGCAUUUCUCAUAUCUGUGCUGUACUUCUCUUUUAUACCCCACUAGUCAGCCUGUCCAUGAUCCAUCGCUUUGGGAAAAAGAAACUAUCAGCUCAGGUAUACAUGCUUCUCUCCUAUCUGCACUUUCUUGUACCUCCAAUGCUCAACCCAAUUGUCUACAGUAUAAAAACCAAAGAGAUUCGGGUACGCAUUCUGAAGCUGCUCCACCUGAAGAAGUUUUGA